AUGCAGGGGCUGGAGUCGCUCCGGGGGGAACACGCUCAGCUCCUCAACUCUCUGCUGGACUGCGCUCAGCCGCCCACCGCCCAGGAGAAGUCUGGAGCCCUGCGCAAGAGCCUGGAGGCCAUCGAGCUGGGGCUUGGGGAGGCACAGGUGAUUAUUGCCCUGUCCAGUCACCUCAGCGCCGUGGAGUCGGAGAAGCAGAAGCUGCGAGCUCAGGUGCGGAGGCUCUGUCAGGAGAACCAGUGGCUGCGGGACGAGCUGGCCAGCACCCAGCACAAGCUCCAGCGCAGCGAGCAGAGCGUGGCGCAGCUGGAGGAGGAGAAGAAGCACCUGGAGUUCAUGAACCAAAUCAAGAAGUUUGACGAUGACACGUCGCCCUCCGAGGACAAGAGUCAGAGCAGCAGCAGCGGAGGAGACAAGGACAGUCUGGACGACCUGUUCCCCAACGACGACGACCAGGGACCGGCCCAGCCCAGUGGAGAGGUGGCGGCUCAGCAGGGAGGAUACGAGAUCCCGGCUCGCCUGCGGACCCUCCACAACCUGGUGAUCCAGUACGCGUCCCAGGGCAGGUACGAGGUGGCGGUGCCCCUCUGCAAACAGGCGCUGGAGGAUCUGGAGAAGACCUCAGGACACGACCACCCCGACGUGGCCACCAUGCUCAACAUCCUGGCCCUGGUCUACAGGGACCAGAACAAGUACAAAGAAGCGGCCCACCUGCUGAACGACGCGCUGGCCAUCAGAGAGAAGACCCUGGGGAAGGACCACCCCGCUGUAGCUGCCACGCUCAACAACCUGGCCGUGCUGUACGGGAAGAGGGGCAAAUACAAGGAGGCCGAGCCGCUGUGCAAGAGAGCUCUGGAGAUCAGGGAGAAGGUUUUGGGGAAGUACCACCCAGAUGUGGCCAAGCAGCUGAACAACCUGGCUCUGCUGUGUCAGAACCAGGGCAAGUACGACGAGGUGGAGUACUACUACAGGAGAGCUCUGGAGAUCUACGAGUCCAAACUGGGAGCAGACGACCCCAACGUGGCCAAGACCAAAAACAACCUGGCCACGUGUUACUUGAAGCAGGGGAAGUUCAAAGACGCAGAGGUGCUGUACAAAGAGAUCCUGACCCGAGCACACGAGAAGGAGUUUGGAUCUGUCAACAACGACAACAAACCCAUCUGGAUGCACGCCGAGGAACGCGAGGAGAGCAAGGGCAGACGCAGAGACUCUGGGCCUUAUGUGGAAUAUGGGAGCUGGUACAAAGCCUGCAAAGUGGACAGCCCCACCGUGAACACCACCCUCAAGAGCCUGGGGGCGCUGUACCGUCGUCAGGGGAAACUGGAGGCUGCGGAGACUCUGGAGGAAUGUGCCAGCAAGUCCAGAAAGCAGGGGAUUGAUGCCUUUAACCAGAGCAAAGUGGUGGAGAUCCUGAAGGACGGUGGAGAGAGGAGACAAAGAGAGAAUGGACCUCAGCAGGGAGAAGGUGACGACUCCGCAGAGUGGAAUGGGGAUGGUAAUGGCUCUCUGCGUCGCUCCGGCUCCUUUGGAAAGAUCCGGGACGCUCUGAGGAGGAGCAGUGAGAUGUUGGUGAAGAAGCUGCAGGGGAGCGGACCACAGGAGCCCCGUAACCCCGGAAUGAAAAGAGCCAGCUCCCUCAACUUCCUCAACAAGAGCACAGAGGAGACCGCACAGGACGACAACUCUGCACUGUCUGACUCCAAGGUUCUGAGCGCCAGCAACGUAGACCUGACUCGGCGUAACUCGCUCAUCGGCUAA